AUGACAAAACUAUCACAGCUGCUGGAGAGUCAUUCCAGAGCUAGUGCUUGUCUCGUGAGCCUUUGGCUCAUUCUCGUUCUCGUGAUGUUUACCCAAAUCGAAGCACAGAAUGGUGCAAAAGCAUUUUUCGAGACUUGGAAACAACACAAGAGAGGUGGAACAAUUCCGAGCAUGUUGUCGGGUCAAAAGUCUGAAGGAUUGAAAUUUAAGGAUGGCAAAAGUAGUGGUGAUGAUCGAGUGAAAUUUACUGAAGAAGACAAUCCUUUUAAAUAUAGUGGAUUUAUUGAAGUAAAUUCUACAUAUGGUGGACAAAUGUAUUAUGUUUUUAUGGAAGCACAAAAUGGAAAUCCAAAUGCCCCUGUGAUUGCUUGGUUCCAAGGAGGCCCUGGCUCAGCAAUAUUUGUGGAGAAUGGACCAUAUCUAGUGGAUCCAACCACUUUGGAAUUGGUCAAGAAUAAGUACACUUGGAAUGCAGAUCAUCACAUGAUUUGGAUUGAUAACCCAUUGGGAAGUGGAUUCUCUCAUGUCAGGUCUCCAGGUUAUGUUCAUUCAGAAGACCGAGUUGCCAGCGAGCUCCAUAUCUUUUUGGUAAAAUUUUUCCAAUUGGAUUUUGCUGCCAAAUACAAGUCAAAUCCAUUAUUUUUGUUUGGUGAAUCUUAUGCUGGAAAGUAUAUUCCCUCAAUUGCAUACAAUAUUAUGAAUUCAGGUUUUCCAGUUAAUCUUGUGGGUAUUGGAAUUGGUGACGGUCUUACACACCCUAUCGAUCAAUUUUCUACCUACGAUAGUUUCUCAUACAGUGUCGGAUUGAUUGACCAAAAGCAACAGCAAAUCGUUCAACAAUUUCAAAAUCAAAUGAUCAAAUUGAUUCAAGCUGGUCGAUAUUCUGAGGCCAUGGAUGUCAACAACAACAUGACUAACUACGUCAUUGGCCAAUGUAGUGGUGGAGUCAAUGUUUAUGACAUUCGAACCUAUGGAGAUUAUGAUAUUACUGCUUAUAUCAAAUAUGUGGAACAACCCUAUGUGAAACAAUUAAUGCACACGGUUGGUGUGAAAUAUUAUGACUCUAAUCCAAUAGUUUGGAAUAAUUUAUAUGCUGACAUUGCAAAGUCUGUUCGUUACAAAGUGGAGGCCUUACUCGAUUGUCCAACCAGAAAAAUUCGUGUCUUGCUUUACAACGGUCAAUACGAUUGGUUAGUGAAUUACAUGGGUGCAGCAAAAUGGAUUGAUGGAAUGAAGUGGCAUGGUAGCAAAGGAUAUUUGAAUGAUGAAGGUCUAGGAAGAAAACCAUGGACGAUCGAUCAGCAAGUCGUUGGAUAUGUUCAUCAAUACGACAAUUUGAUUCAAAUUGUUGUCAAUGGUGCAGGACAUCUCUCACCCAUGAAUCAACCUCGAAAUGUCUUGGAAAUGAUUCGAACCUUCACAAGCAAUCGUGAUUUUUAA